UCAUCCCAUGUUGCGACAUCAAGGCAGUUCAUUGUCGUAGAGAUACUUCCAUCAACGCCUUGCCUUGACCCGUCCUCCCCAUCUCUGAUGCUUCAUCAGGUCGAUUGGAAGCAAAGCGCUCGAACCGCUACGUACCUUACUUGAUAUGACGAACCAAGAUAUCUCGCACUGCAUCACCACAUUUCGAGUGGCCCGGCCCCAUCGGAUCGUCCGUCAUCGGCCAACCGUGUCUUGCUCCACCUGUCGGGCACGGAAGUUGAAAUGCGAUAGGCAGCAGCCUUGUGGCACAUGCCAGAAACGAGGCCACGAGAACUCGUGUCGCUACGAGCCUGCCCCGAAGCAGCACCUCGUAUCCUCUUCCAUUGGUGGCGACAAUCAGAACCGAAUCAGAAUCGAGCUGAGGCAGAUGCAACAUGUGCUUCAAGGUCUUCUCAACCAAUCUGGGCAAACCCAAGCCCAAGCCCAGCCGAUCCAACCCGGCAACCAGGUGGAGAUUCCUUGCCGUCAAUUGAUGGAGAGUAUCAAACGUAUUCAGGACACAUUGGAAGACGACGGCUGCUCUAGAGCCCUGACUACUACCAUGGACGAACCACGUGCUCCGGACCUGGUAUUCUCAUCCUUUAGGAAAGCUACCCUGAGAGAUAUCAUGGCAGCCUUGCCGUCCCGCCAAGUUGCCGACAGAACAGUAACUGCCUACUUCAACGCCAAGCAUAUGACCGUUCCUUUUAUCCACACGCAUCAAUUCAGAAGGCAAUAUGAGGCUUUCUGGAGUGAACCCGCCGCCGCGGACCUCUUGUGGGUCAGCAUCCUCUUCUCAGUUAUGGCCAUCGGGGCUGUCGUCCUCGGUGCAAAGGUUGCAUCUACCUCUGAUCCGCAUCACCCUUCGGUCUACGUCACCAUGUCAGCACGGUGUCUCGUCGCAGGCCAGUACCAGAAAGCUGCAGAGUUCUCAGUUGAAGCCUUGGUUGUGCAUAUCCACGCGCGCUCUAUCCAAAGAAGCAACGAAGACGUAGACUUGUCUCAACUGCAAGCAUUGGCUCUCCGCUUGGCACAAUGGCGAUGCUAUCAUCGAGAGGGAGAGAAACUUAUGCCGACUGUGACACCUUUCGAGGCAGAGAUGAGACGCCGGGUGUGGUAUGUAAUCCAAUACUACGAUGUGCUCUACUCCCUCGAGCAGGGGCUGCCACCGCUUAUUCACGAGGACACAUUUUCUACCCGUCAUCCGACAAAUGUCACCGACGAUGACUUUGACGAACAUGUCGACUACUUGACGGCUCGACCGAUAGGAGAAGCUCAACCCAUGCUUCCCUGUGUCUGUAUCUCUCAUCUCCUGCCAAUACUGCGACGCAUUAUUCGCCAUGCUCUGGGUCUCAAGCCGUGUACCUACUCGGACGCCAUGACUCUCGAGGCCGAACUGGAGACGUGGUACGCAUCCAUACCGCCUUGCUUACGCAUUCGCCCCAUUAAAGAAACCUCUUUCACGGACCCGAACCACACUGUCAUGCAACGCAUCAUGCUCGAACUCAUCUACAUCAUGGGAACCGUCCUCCUGUACCGCCCGUUCCUCGACCUGAUGGCAUUGAAGGACCCCGAGUGUCAGGUGGCGCUCAAUGUCUGCCGGAGGCUGGCUGUGCGAUCUGUCGGGGUCUAUGUCGAGGUCGAUUGUGAAAUGCAGAAAGGUGGAAGGCUAUACGACGAUCAGCCCGUCGCCUCGGGCUUGUCGAUGAAUGACUUCCUGAUGACGACGAUAGUGGCACCCCUCGAGUUCUUUGACUGUUCAAACCUGCCGCCAGAUGAAAAAGCUUCCAUCAUCAACCUGCUUCGCACCGCCACGCAUCUGUGGUCCAAGAGAUCAGUCACAUCUACGCAUGCCCGCGAAAGCACGAGACUGCUCCGGCUCAUUGCAGCAAAGGCUCAAACGGCCAGCCAAGAACGAUGUCAAGUCCCAUACCCUAUUUCAAGCUCGUCCGUCGCUGCCGCAACAGAAACAGAGCAUGUGGCGCUGCAGCAAGCUUCCAGCGGCGAAGGUCAGGUACAUGAUCCCGCCUACACACCUACAUCAUCACCAUCUUUCACAAUGUCAGGCCUUACCAUCCCCGAAACUACCACUGCGCUCGUUCUCCCCGCUUUCAACGAGCCGCUCAUUUUGGAAAAGACCCCAACUCCAAAGACUACAUCUGUCGGGUCGGUCCUGGUCCGCGUCCUGAGCACUUCCGUCCGGCCACACAACCGUGCCGGUUUCUCUGGGAAAAGCCCCCUCUCUCUGCCCGUCCCGUACAACCCGGGGGACAGCGGCGUUGGGCGUGUUGUCGCUGUUGGACCCGAUGCCGUAGCGAUCAAGCCGGGCCAGCUCGUGUAUCUCAAUGGCUUUUACCUCGCCCGAGACGACCCGGAGGGCACCCGAGUUCUGACCGGCCUUCAUGACGGCUUUGGCGACCCAGGACAGGCCAAGCUGUUCAAGCAGCUGGGUGGCCUAUGGAGAGAUAUGGCCAUGGUCCCAUUGGAGAACGCGAUCCCCCUCAACGAGAAGCUUUUGGUCAAGGAGCUGGGUUACUCUUUUGGAGAUCUCAACUACAUCCAGCGCCUUUCCGUUGCCUACGGUGGCGUCCGCGCUGCGGAUCUCCGCGCCGGGGGGACCGUCAUCGUGGCACCGGCCACUGGUCACUUUUCCGGUGCCGUCGCCGAGAUUGCCGCCCAGAUCGGCUGCAAGGUCAUCGCGCUCUCGCGAUCGGCGUCCAAGCUGGAGCCGCUCACGAGUCGCCACCCCCGCAUCGCCGCCCUUGAACUUUCCGGCGACGAAAAGAAGGAUGUUGCGGCCAUCCAGGCGCUGGCCCCGGGGGGCGCGGAUGCCUACAUUGACGUCUCGCCACCCUCCGCCACGGCUUCGCCUCAUCACCUGACGGUGUCUCUCGCCGCUCUCCGCCCGUUCGGCCGUGCCGUUCUCCUGGGCAUGAUGUUCGACGUAAAGGUCAACUACAUGAGCCUGAUGGCUCGCAACGUCACCAUCAAGGGACAGCACAUGUAUACUCGCGCGGAGCUGGUCUCUCUGGUCAUGAUGAUCGAGACCGGGGUUAUCAAGCUGGGCAAGGAUGCUGGGCAUGAGAUUGUUGACAGGGGUUUUUCACUAGAGGAAUGGGAGGAAGCUAUCACUGUUGCGGAGAAGGCCACGAGCUGGGGACAGCAGGUAUUAAUCUACCCCUAGGCAUAUCACAUGAUCGAGGUGAUACUUCAGGCGUUGAUACAAUACCUGACCCCCAUGCGGGCGUUGGGUGGCCGGGCUGCGAGGUAUCCUCGUAGAUCAAGAAAUACGGCAUACGAUUUAUAGAG